UUUCAGGUGUGGCCCUCCAAACCCAAGGACUGCUUAUUUAUUCGACUCGCGCUUAAAUUGCAGACUCGGUGAAUAACCAGUUAGCCAGUGAACAGUUGACCUGAAUACCAAUAGCAACAAGACCCUCCGACUCGUUUUAGUGAGGUAUCAGAAGUACCCGCUGUCGACAUGCGACAUUUCACGCUUCCGCCACGUUAAAUCCCCGAAACCUCCCACCCCACCCACCCAGAACAAUUGCGGUAUCCAGCGAACCCUCCCCUGUCGCAUUGUGUACCACAAAGGGUCCACGUCAUCAUGUCUGCAAAUGAGCAUUCCGCUGCCUCCCGCGCCUCCUCCAAACCAGCAAGCCCCGACCGCAACGUCAAAAACGUCGUAUUGGGCAGCGUCCUUUUCAAGACUUGGUUUCACUCCCUAUAUCCGGAGGAGCUGGUUGGGAAGGACACGGAUAGAUUAUAUGUCUGCCGAUGGUGUUUCCGGUACUCAUGUGACAAAGAUGCGUAUCUAGACCACACCCGCCUCUGCGAGCACAGGUGCACGCCGCCCGGUACAAAAGUUUACGACUGGCGGGGGUAUUCUGUGUGGGAGAUUGAUGGGGAGGAUCAUAAGCUCUACGCACAGAAUCUUUCCUUGUUUGCGAAACUCUUCCUGGAUCAUAAAUCUGUUUUCUUCGACGUAUCCUCCUUCCUCUACUAUAUCCUCGUCUUCACCAACCCGCGGGACGCCAAUGAUUAUCAUGUGCUGGGCUACUUUUCAAAAGAGAAAAUGUCAUGGGAUGCGAACAAUCUGGCAUGCAUCCUGAUUUUCCCACCCUACCAGCAUAAACAACUAGGCAAGCUACUUAUGGGUGUAAGUUAUAAACUUAGUGCGUGGGAGUGGGAAGGGGGGAUGAUUGGCGGUCCAGAACGACCACUCAGUGAGAUGGGACGGAAGAGCUACGUAAGAUUUUGGGAGGAAAGGAUCUCGAGAUUUUUCCUGUUAGGCCCGCCUGGUGCUGAUCCUUAUGGGCGGAAGAUUGCAUCCGCAUCGUCCUCGUCCAGGCCGAUAGCUGGAGGCUCCAAGGGUGCGAAGAGGAAACAUGCUCGGGAGGAGAUGACAGUGCGCGAAAUUGGCCAAGCAACAGGAAUGCUCGUUGAAGAUGUCAUUACUGCAUUAAAAGAGAUGAGGAUCGUGGAGCAAGAAAAGUCGGGGAAGAAACGUAAAAGAGCUCCCUUGCCGUCCUCGACCACAACUACGACUACGACAACUGGCUCUGUAGAUGCGGAUGCUGCUGAGGCUGCGGUGGUAAGGAAACAAAGUGUUUUGGAGUGGGCUAAGAUUCAUAGAGUUGAUUUAAGGGAUCCAGUUGCAGAAGAAGGAUUCUUGGGUGAAUGGGCGCCUGAGGACGAAGACCAGGAGGACCAGGAGACAGAUGGCGGCGUUUAAUGCGUUGGAGCAUAUUAUAUACAAGGUAUGGUGGGAAUAGAACGGCGUUAUGUCUUUAGGCGCUUCGUUAGUUGGUUUGGGAAAUGUUACGAGUUAGGAAGAUACCCGAUGUCCAUACCCCCAAUUUCAUGAAUACUCUUUCGUCUUUUACGUGAACGCUAUACUCAAGUUGUAAAGCAAAAUAUAUUAACUUACAUAUUGAAAGUAGUGAGCGCAGAGAUUGGUUUCAUUUUGAAAAUGAAGUCAGCUAUUUAUCAUGCAUCUAUUCCCGCCCUUCUUAAUAUCCCUAGAUUACUCAUCCAUUCCAGCGGGACCGCCGGACCUUGACAUCUGUCUUGCCUUGAGAAGUUCGUCGCAAAGCAGGAGGUUCGACGCAAUACCGGCACUUGAGGCGACGCAGUUCCUCAGAACCCUGAAGGAGUCAAAUACGCCUUCCUGGACCGGAUCCAUCGGGUCGCCUGUCGUGAGGUUAAGUCCGACAACAUUUCCUUCACUCUGUUCGUCCUGCAAUGCCGCAAGCGAGUCUUGAAUAUCGUGACCGGAGUUCGCUGCGAGGGUUUUGGGAAUAAUGAGAAGGGCGUCAGCGAAAGCGCUAACACCAUAUUUGGCUUUGCCCUUGACUGUUCUCCUGAACGCUUCGGACGAAAGAUGAGCAGCGCAGGCGACCUGGAAUGCACCGGCUCCUGGAACAACGCAGCCAUCCACUAUUGUGUUAUAGACGGAGCGGAGACCAUCCCGAACAGCUUCGGUGAUCUGUGUGAUCGUGUGCUGGUUGGGACCCUUGAUGAGGAUGGUAACGGAUUUCGGAUCCUUGACCUCUUCAACGAAUGUGAACUUCUCCUCACCCAGCUGAUGUUCAUACACUAGACCUGCCCACCCUAGAUCUUCAGGCUUAAGGUCGUCAACGCUGUUCUGCGCAGUGCCACCGCAUACCAGUUGCAACCGUUCCAUAUUUCGACGUUUUGCUCUACGCAGUGCAAGUAUUCCGUUCUUGACAAGCACAUCCAAGCUCAAAGGAUCGAUACCCUUUUGAUUAAUAACAACGAAUCCUUUCUUUGGAUCAUCGCCGCAAACUUGUUUCUUCAGUUCGACAAUCUUGCGCAGCUUCGAGUCCACAAAUUUCCUUUCGCUUUCAACCAGCUUAUCUCUUUGCUCAGCGGUGGAAUAAUAGAAACCGGAGUUAAUUUCAGACUUUUCAUAUUCCAGACUAACGUUCAACGUCAAAAUAAAGGCAUUCUCGACACGUUUUGGCAUAUCUGGGUGACGCGCUCCAUGGUCCAAGGCUAGACCUCGAAUGAGUUGGGUAUCUGACGCGGUCCGAUGUUGCAUCUUCAUGAUUUCGAUCAUAUGAAGAUCAGGUUUAUUAGGAGGCCUGUGAAUGGCAAGCACCGCAUCGACAAUAGAAGGGGUCAACUUCUCGGCUAAGGCACCGUUCAAUUUCGUGGAGAGGGAGGUUCGGGCAACGGAGAGGAGAAGUUCCCUGUCGAUUUCUCUCUGAAGUUUGAACGAGUCAAGAAACUGCAAAGUUGUUAGAAUUCGUAUUUAACAUGACCCUAAACUAAAACCAUACCUUAAGUGCUUCGGCUUUAGCAAUUUCAUAUCCGUCCGUCAGCACACGCGGGUGCAAACCUUCGGAUAGAUAUCGAUCAGCUUGCUUGAGCAACUCCCCGACAAGUAGAACCACUGAUGUUGUGCCAUCUCCAGUAAUAUCGUCUUGUGCCGUAGCCGCGCGCGCAAUCAUGACCUACACAAUAUAUUAAAAGCAAUGAAAUACAAGGCGGGUGGUGGACGGGGGGUAGUGUGGCGGCAUCUUACAGCUGUAGGGUUUUGAAUUUGCUAUAUCAGUAAGUUAGCAAAUAAAUCCGUAAAUAGGAGGGAAGAGGUACAAACCAUUUCUCGAAGAAGCACGUUCCCAUCCUUUGUAAGUUUGAUCUAUUUUACAAGUCAUCAGUAUCAGUGCACAGGAGCAUCGUGGGAUGCAUAUAUCUCCAUAUUCGUACCGCACCA